AUGCCGAAAGGAGCGCAGGGAAGACUUAUCAUUACUAGCUACAACAAGCAGAGUCCAAUGCUGGUCAACGGAGGUUGUCAACAGGCUCGAGUGGAUACCAUGACGCCACAGGAAGGGAGUAUGGUUCUUCAACACAUGUCGUCGGACAUCGGCUCGCUCUCAAGAAAUAUACAACAAGGCUGUGGCAAACUGGCGCAGAGGCUUGCGUACCUGCCCCUUGCAAUUGAUCUUGCAAGUUCCUACAUUGGCAACGAUGCUAUACCUGAACAGGUCCUGAUGCAGUACUUAGAAGACUACAACAGGCAUCGCGAUGAGCUGUUGCGGAUGGAUGAUCUUUGA